AUGACGCCAAUUCGAGAGAAAAACGACGCUGAAACAAGCAAAAAUGAUAAGGCAAUUGUCAAAAAAUCCACAAGUACCGAAGAAGCAAAUGAUGCCAAUCCCCAAGAGGAAAAUGAUGCCACAACCCUAAGAAAAAUAAUGAAUCCAAUAUCCGAACUAGCACCAUCUCCUUACGCCACACAACCUCCUUUUCCAUCGAGAUUUAUAAAGAAAGAUAAGCAAGCUGAGGAGAAGGAAAUCCUAGACGUUUUCCAAAAAGUCGAGAUCAACAUUCCUCUUUUAGAGGUAAUCCGGAAGGUGCCAAGGUACGCUUUUUUCCUUAAAGAACUUUGUACUAAUAAAAGAAGACUAACCGGGCAUGAAAAGGUAAAUCUCGGAGAGCACGUUUUUGCGAUUUUGACCCGACAACUUCCACUGAAGUUGAAGGACCAAGGCAUGUUCGCCAUACCUUGCAAAAUUGGCAAAGUGGACAUAAAGAGGGCGAUGUACGACUUGGGAGCCUCCAUUAACGUGAUGCCUCUAUCCGUGUACAAUACUCUUUCAACCGACCCAUUGAAGGAAACGAAGGUCACUAUUCAAUUGGCGGAUCGUUCAAUUAUUUACCCGGAGGGAGUCUUGGAGAAUGUCUUGGUAAAGGUAAACGAAUUAAUCUUUUUGGCCGAUUUCUAUGUAAUUGACAUGGAAAACAUUCGCUCAAACACUUCAUCCGAAAUUCUCCUUAGGCGACCUUUUCUUAGCAUCGCCAACACUAAAAUCGAUGUUCGAAGUGGAAUCUUCACAAUGGAGUUCGAUGGUGAGGUCGUUAAAUUUAAUGUUUACAAAGCGAUGCGGUAUCCUGAUGAUGUUCAAAGCAUUAAUUUUGUCGAUAUAAUUGAGCCUGUGAUUGAUGAGUUUGUUGAGACUAAUUUUGUUAAUAAAAUUUGCAGGAAAUUUGAUGAUUUCAAUGAUGAAUUCAGGGAGUUGAAACAAACUUUCUUUAUUGAUUCCAUUAAUUCUAACGAAAUCACUACACCUUCAAAAACUAAAUUAUUACCUUCGAUUUUGCAGGCUCCUCGGAUUGAACUAAAAGAAUUACCGGAUCACUUGAAGUACGUUUUUUGGGCAAUGAUGAUACGUUGCCGGUUAUUGUGUCGAACAAGCUAA